AUGUAUGAAUUUAAUUAUUUCCGGUUCAUCUUGAUCCUUCCAUUUUUGGGAUUCAUUUCAAUCUCAGCAUCUAUAUAUGUUCCCCGCGAUAUCUCUACGAAUCCACCAACAAUACAACCAAUUGGCGAGGCUUGUGUAUUUAAUCGAAUUUUGUCAUCUUAUCUACUUGGACAUGUUGCUUUUGGAUUUCAGAUUGGUAAUGAUCAAUAUAUUUAUGGGGCAGAUGAAGGACCAAUACACAAUGACUCCACCCACUUGUGUGGUGAUGAUAAAGUUUGGUGGCAAUCUACUGGCACCCGUGCGGAAAUGUUAAAGCAAUUUAAAGAUCAAAAAUAUGAUCGUUAUAAAUGUGAAAAAGUAACUAAUCCUAAUGCUGAAAAUGCUCAAAAUAUGAUGAUAAAAGUUAAAGCACAAAAAUAUUAUGUAAAUAGGGUAGUUUGUUUUGCUGCACUUAAUGAUCCUACAAGUAAUUGUCUUACUGAUACUAUCAGUGUAUUGACGGAAUAUAAUGCACCAGGAUUACCGAUUAAUUCGACACUUCAAAACGUACCGAAUGAUUGGUAUGAGCAAUUGGGUAAUGUGGGUGGAUAUGGAGGUGUUUGGGAAUAUUCGACACCCUUAUAA